CACAAGGACAUUCAGUGAUUUCUGCGCCGCUCGGAGUCUGUGCAGCGCUCGCAGAGAACCUGCAGCACCUGGGAGAUCCUGCCAAGAAAAGAGCAUCUCCGUAUGGAGCAGAAGACAGGGCCUGUCAAGUGGCUAGAGAACAGUCCCUGUGAGUCUGGCUUUGUGAGUGAUCAGUCCUCCAUGGAAAUCCCACCGGUCUUCAGAGAAAAUAAGCGGAUGGAUCACACUGAUGCGUAUGAGAGCUCAGAGCACUGGCUGGAGUCGAGCGGUCUGGAGAGCUGUGGACUGUCUCUCUCUCACCUCCUGUCACUCUGCACCACUGCUCCUGUAUCGGAGAGAGGAGACGGGGUGAGCAAACAGAUGCACAUCAGCAGUGAGUCACUGGCAGACUUUGAAGAACAGCUUUACAUUGCCGUUGAGAUGUACCAUGAUCAAAUCAAGUGGCUCGGUCAAGGAAACAGGAAGGUGUUUGGGGUGGUGAACGGGUCCCGCGUCGGAGUGCUUGUCGACACGUCUGAUUUGACCUGCUCUACAGAGAGACUAGCAGAUCUCCAGCGAGAGCUUCUAGCUCUCAUUGACGAGCAACUGCGCUUCAAAAAACAGCUGCAUCUGCUGUCCUACGGCUCAGAAGUCAGCAGCCUUUGGGACAAACCGCUGGAUACCUGUCCACUAAGGCUCAGGGAGUGCUGUGCGUGGGUCAUGCAGCUGCGGGCAGGUGGAGGCUGUGGUCUCCUGCAGGCGCUACAGAGGACACUGACCCGCUCAGAGCUGGACACACUACUCAUCAUCCUGGGCUCUCGCCCUGAUCAGACAGUAGACGUUAUAUGUGAUUUUUUAACUCAGAACCGAAUGCCUUGUGUUCAUGCGGUCGCCUACAGCUGCAGCAGUCCGGCCGCCAUUGAGACUGUGAAGCAAAUGGCAGAAGUUUCCGGGGGGAGAUAUCACCUGUUUUCUGCUGCACUGGGUGUAGUGGACAGCAGUACUGACGUAGAUCUGCUGUGGGCGGAGAUUAAAGCAGCUCGCAAUGUUCUUACCCAAAUUCAGAACAUGCGCCAGGGUCGACUGGGAGACACAGCUGUCACUGUUGAUUCAGAGAUCUCCACAGGUUUGGACAGUGUGACUCUUUCUGACUUCAGUCCUGCAAGUUCUGCUCUCAGUGCUCCACUGUGUAUCCAGACCACAGGCCCAGUACCCACCACCUCCAGUGAAUGGCUGAAGACCCACGGCCUGAAGGCUCAGAAGCUGGAUCUGUAUCAGCUGCUGGCUCGUAAUGCCUAUUCUCCACAAGAGAUGUUUGUGCCAGUCUUGGGAAAGACUGUUUCCUCUACAGUUCACGAGCGGGUCAUGGUACGGUUUGAGUGGCAUGAUGGAACAGUGAAGAAUUUGCAUGUCGAUCUUCCAUCACUGCAAAAGUACCAGAAGCGACUCAUGGGUGCUGUGCAUCUGUUUGAAAGGAGAGUUCAGUGGCUGAACCGGACGGGAAGCCAGCAGAUAUGGGGAACCGUGUGUGAGCAGAGGGUGCAGGUGCUUCUGGACAUGUCUGGGAUGAACGCCCACUACCAGCUCCAUAUCCAGCAUGCCAUCCGGAUACUACUGCAGGAGCAGCUGGCUAAUAAACACAGCUUCAAUGUCAUCGUUUUUGGAUCAGAUGUCAAGUCAUGGCAGGAGAAGAUGGUUCCCUCCACCCAUGAAAACCUUCAAGCUGUUUGGCUGUGGAUUCAGGCAGUCGAGUGUGUCAGGGGUCGUAAUACUCUGGCUGCUCUACGGUGCGCUCUAGAGGAGGAAGCACAGGAAGAAUCAUCACUGACUCGAGGCGUGUACCUCCUCACCACCGGCAUGCCAGAUCAACAUAUGGUUUCUGUCACUGCUUAUGUGUCUGAGCGCUGCAGCGCAACAAACCUGAAUCUCCACGUGUGCCUGUUCACCGGAGAGGAGGACACUGCCCGCUGCCCUCUGCCCCAUUACGCCACCCGGACUGAAACCGCCCGGGCUUUGAGCGGCCUGGCCCACGCGGGCAACGGACGCUUCCUUUGGAUGACUGACACUGGCAUUGUGGAGAGUGAUGACAUCAGUGCCCUAAUUGGAGAAAUGGAGACGGCCGUUAAUUAUUUUCAGAAGUGCUCUGAAUUAGUGGACUCUCUGAUCCUGAAGGGCUCUGACAGGGGUUCAGGAGAAACAUGUACCCCAUCCAUCAAACCCCGGGCCUGGGCAUGCAACGCGCAACUGCCAUCUCCUCGACCCACAACACUCAGCCUUGCUAGACUGGAAAGCAGGCAGAAGAGCAGAUUGGCACAGAACAGCUUGACUUGGAGGCCAAACAGCUCUAAAGCAGAUAUCCCACCAGUCCAGUCAGCUGAUAUCAGCACAGCAGCAAGGCCGUCGAGGUCUGCGGAUCAGAGGAAAACCAACGUGUCUCAGUCUGUCUUCUUCAUGGAAGACGGCAACUUGGGUGUUAUCUUCAAGAAAUAUCCAAAAUCAAAGAGUGUGCGCAAGUCUAUAGCCACUGUUAAACUACCAAAACAUGAAGACAUCUGUUCAACUAAACAGAAAUUGGCACACCUUUUCUGUUCUGACCUGAUCAGACCUGUAUUUUUCACGUUACAGGAUUCUUGCGGCAUGAAGGCAGUUCCAGAAGCAGGCAGCAGGCGUGUGUUUGGAUCGGUGUUGGAGAAGAUGGUCUGUGUUCUGCUGGAUGUGUCUGGAUCUAUGGCUCCCUGCCUCCCUGAGCUCCAGAAGGAGCUGACUUUACUGAUCUGGGAUCAGCUGCAUGCCAACAGCGUGAGGUUUAAUAUGCUGGCGUUCUCUGGAGAGGUGCGGAUGUGGCAGCCGGCGUUGGUUCAGUCCACAGAGGAGCUGUGUGUGGAGGCAGUGCAGUGGUUGAAUCAGCUCAGCACACAUGGAGCUUCCUCCACACUACAAGCACUGCAGACAGGCUGUGGCUUUGCAGAUGCUGUUGGUCUGUAUCUGAUCACUGAUGGGAGAUGUGACUCCAGCCACAGUCGGAUACUGACAGAGAUUGAGACACUGAGACAAGAGAAGGACUUCACCGUCCACACCAUCGCAGUCAACUGCCAUGACAGAGCAUGCAGUGAGUUUCUGAAGAGUCUGGCCCAUAAAACAGGAGGACGAUUCCAUCAGGCUCCUGAAAACACAGAUAGAGCUCUUAUCAGAAAACUCCUGUCAGAUCCGUGCAGUGCGGACCCAGUGCUUCCAAAAUGUGAGGGGGAUGAUCUAAGGAAACUAUCCGAAGAGAUCGAGAAGCUGAGAUUGUUCCAGAAACAAGCUAAAGCGUUCAGGGAAACUAGUUUGGAGUCGAGGAACCAGAAGGGAACAUAGACAUUGAUCUCCACGCUUGUUCAAAUCACGACAGCUUUAUUGAUUCAAAAAUAUCUCUGGCAAAGGCCUACAUAAGGCCUAAUGUAAAAGAAUUUGUUAAUAAUUAAAUAUGGCUUAAUAAUACUUUGGAAACAUCGUAAAUAGAUAUAAAAAUCAUGGUUAAAAGAAAAAAAACUUUGUUUAAACCUUGAAAUUUUAUG